AGCAUCUCUAAACAAACUCCCUCGAGCUUUAGGUUUCUAAUUGAGAGAUGAGGUGAAUUCACGCACGUCGAACCCUAGUUUGCCAUGAGACCCUGUUCAAAUGACCUCCUCACUCAAUGUCAUCGCCCUGAUAUCUGGUGGGAAGGACUCUCUUUAUACUCUCCUUCAUUGCCUUCAUCAUGGUCAUAAACUGAUAGCGUUGGCGAAUCUAUAUCCUCAACAUGAUUCGCAAUCAUCCGCCUGUGUGGACCCCGACCACCCUCAAGAAGGAGAGGAUCUCAACAGCUUCAUGUACCAGACAGUUGGUCAUUCUCUCGUUCCCCUCUAUUCCCAAUGCCUUGAAUUACCUCUGUACAGAAGGGCAAUCUCAGGAAAAGCUGUACAGACUGGCCGAUACUAUGACCCUACCAAGUCUGCCUUGGACGAGACUGAAGACUUAAUUCCAUUGCUGCAAGAGGUGAAACGGAAUCAUCCCCAGGCAAAUGCUAUCUGUGCGGGUGCGAUACUGUCCACUUAUCAACGAACGAGGGUCGAAUCUGUCGCUAUCCGCCUCGGUCUUACGCCGCUAGCGUAUCUCUGGCAAUAUCCUGCCCUACCUCCCCCUCAAGGUCGGGCUGAUUCUAUCUGUGGUCUGCUGCAGGACAUGGCGGCUGUCGGGUGUGACGCUCGGAUCAUUAAGAUUGCCAGUGGCGGCAUCCCCGAGAGGCUUCUUUGGGCCAAUGUUGGUGACAACAGCACUCUGACUCGCCUUGUAAAUGGCCUCUCCCCCUUCUUCCCAGAUAGAGAAUUCUGGCUCCGUGGAGCUGUGCUUGGCGAGGGCGGGGAGUACGAGACGAUUGCCAUCAACGGGCCUCGUCCGUUAUGGAAAAAUCGAAUCGAUAUCGCUGAGACGAAUAGCCUCACUAUCGCCGAUGAAGGCGGUGUUAGCUACUUCAAGAUUGCUGGGGCUAAAUUGGCGGACAAGUGCGAUUGUGAUGAUACCGCGGUUCAUGACCAGUUGCGCAUUCCAGAUGGAUUGGACCCGCAGUUUGCUAUCCUAGGUUCUCUUGUUGAGGCUUCUCUACAACCACUAGAUCCAUCUGCAGAGCUGCCAACUGCCCUUUCGAACCCCAACUUCGAUGCUAUGAUCAUAAGGGCUAGCGCAACUUUGAGCGCUGGAAAUCUGGUGAUAAGCAAUAUCACAAUUGACCCAUCAGACCGGAGCAAAGGCAUGUCCAGCUCGGCAGCUGAUCAAAUGAAGGGCGUUGUUCAAAAGCUUCGAGAAAUGCUACAAUCGUACCAUGGCCAGUUGAAACUGGUUCCAACGACUUCAAAUAUUGUUUCAACUACACUACUUCUCCAAGAUAUUUCCCAUUUCGGGGUCGUCAACUCAAUCUAUGCAACUCUAUUCCGCGAGGGCGAGCCCAAUCCUCCAGCAAGGGUGACUUUUGCUUGCCGACUUCCACCAGGUGUCGAGGUCAGUCUCAGCGUAGUCCUGAAUCUAGGCUCGAGGGAUUCGCUGCGUGGGCUCCACGUCCAAAGCCGGAGCUAUUGGGCACCUGCCAACAUCGGUCCCUACAGUCAGGCAGUCUGUGAACCACUGGACGAUCCGCAAGACCCCAACUGCAGUGUCCAUGACGAGAAACUAAUUGAAAUCGUCCAUGUCGCCGGGCAAAUCCCCUUGGUGCCACAAAGUAUGGAAGUCAAGGACGGCUCGUUCAUUGAUCAGGCAGUAUUGAGCCUGCAACACCUCUGGCGUAUUGGACAAGAACGGGAGGUCGAUGUUUGGCCGUGGGGAGUCGCUCUUUACAAGUCUCAGAGCGAACCUGGGUCUCGAGCAUCGGCAGGUUGCGAGCUCUGGCGACAUGCUCACCUUACAGGAACUAAACCAGGUGCUGGGAGAUGCGAAGAUGAUGGGCAUGAGAGAGAUGACCUAGAUGCCUGGGAUCUUCAAUUCAAUCGCUCUGCUGGCUUCCAAUCGAAUCUGUCAAGAGUGACGGUAGGAGAACACCUUCAUGUGCUCCCCGACCCUGGCAUCUUCUUAGUCCCACCAUCUCCCGAGCCCUGGGUGCCGCCCUACAUCUCUGCGGCUGUGACAGCUUUGCCGCGAGACGCACCCAUCGAAUGGUGGAGCCUUGGGGUGGCACAUCUUCCCAAGAGUCCCAACUCACAUCGCCGAGCGACCGUUUGUACCCAGCGCUACCCUUGGGGCUCGCUGACAGUGCUCAACAUCAAAGCUAGUCUUCAGGAAGAAGGAACUGGCUGGCCUUCGACGAGGCAUGGCCAAACGGAUUUCGCCACAGUCCUUGUAACGGAAAACUUCGAGUCAAGUUCUCUUGUGGACGGGCUGCGAAAUGGGCUAAACGAAGUGCUUUGUUUGGAUCCCAAUGCCCAGCAUAUCACCGAGGCUGACUUUAGGACUGUCCAUGGAACGGCAUUUAUCGCGCAGACAGGUGAAGACGCGUGGAGGGCGAUAACAAAGCAGACCCUCUUUUCUGGCCUUAGCAUCGUGCCAUGCACUUCAUUGUUUGGACGCGCAUUUGUCCAACCGUUUUUGGACCCAGCAAGCAAUAGGUCAACGUCGACGCUGCCGUUGACGUCAGAUGGCACCGAUCCAGGCUGCCAACGGUUGGCCUUGGCUAUGACUAUCCGACUUGAAGCGAGAGUUGAGACUUGAGGCAAAAGCGCGUUGGUGGUGGCAUCUGUCAGAGAGAUAGAUCUGGGCACACCCAGGCCCGGGCUCGACGUGGCAGACAAGUUGGAGGAGGGGUCCAUGGGGCUCAUGG